AUGUCUUCAAUGUCCAGAUCAGGUCCAUAUGCAUCUUCCGCCGAUCCCUCAGCCUCCCAGCAGGCCUAUGAUUCAAAUCCGCCUACCUUCGCAGCCUUUUCCCCUACUACUACCUCUGGAUACUCCGCCACUUCGAAGCAGCGUUCCACCAUCAUAGUCCACAAGAAGUCACCUCUCUUGGUAGCGACACCUCCGCAAAUCACUCGGGCACUCGCACACUCUCAUCCGUUCCUGCUACCACUGAACAAGCUUGCUGGGUUACUCUCAUGGAGUACUCCGGACCCUUGGGAGUCCUUCCUGCUCGUGGCAGCCUUCUGGGCCAUCACGCUCUAUGGGAGUGCGAUCAUCCGGUUUGCCAGCCCAAUCAUCGUCGUUGUGGGCUUGAUAUUGGGAAUGUACUCGAGAAGAUACUCCCCAUUGUCCUCAACCAGCAAAACCGGCGAGAAACAUAUCAAGGGUCACAAAAGAGAGGCGUCGGAAACCACUUCGCAACACAAGACUUUGGACGAGAUCGUUGAUACCCUUCAGGAGCUUACCGCCCGUUGUAACAUAUUGCUGAAUCCUUUUCUUGCCUUGACCGACUUCCUCUCUACACAAACCACGCCGACCGCAGCAACUACUCGACCCGCAUUGACGACUCUUUUCAUUCGCGUCCUUCUCGUAACACCUUUAUGGAUCUUCUUGACCCUACCCCCUUUCUACAUUCUUACGACCCGACGAGUCGUCCUUACAUUUGGCACUAUAAUCUUAACAUGGCAUUCAAAGCCGGCAAGGGUAGCACGAGUCAUCCUCUGGCGUUCUGUUUUUCUGCGCAAGACUGCGGCGUUCAUUACCGGACUGCAGUUUGACACCUCAGCUACACCGAAGGACAGCUCAUUGCUGCAGUCCAUUGCCAGAGCCAAGUUGAAAUCUCAAGCCGGCCUAGCAUCAGAAGCUGCCACCAAAAAGAGGCCAGAUUCCUCAGGUGUACGUUUCACGUUUAUUCUAUACGAGAACCAGCGACGUUGGAUCGGUCUUGGCUGGACCACGUCGCUAUUUGCCUAUGAGCGUGGUCCGUGGACGGAUGAGCAUCUCAAUCCCGCACCGUCAAAGGACGAGUUCGAACUGCCCGAGGUGGAAGGUGGACUUUCACGAUGGAGGUGGGUUGAGGGAUCCGAAUGGAAGAUCGAACAUGGGGAUGCUAAGCAGCAUAAGAGAACUGCCAGUCAAAGCAAGACCGGUCCAGCAGGAAAUGCCGGUAAAGACACGGUCGACGAUGGCGGUGGCUGGAUAUACUACGACAACAGAUGGGAAGAAGGAAAGAAAGAGGAUGGCUGGGGAAGAUAUACCCGACGUCGAAAAUGGUACAGAGAUGCUGAACUGGUGGAAGCCACACCCAGCAUGGACGUUAGUCCUUUGGCUUCCCCGAACCCACAGCUAUCUGACACCGAAGAGGAGAAAGUCAGGAGAGCAAAAGAGUUUGCGAAAGGUAUCGGUGCGUCUGCUGAUGCUCCAGAAAAGCCACCAAUCUCUUCCAACGAUCAGGGUAAUAGAGUACCAAAGGCUGGCGACGACGCUGCCAUGAGCAUCAAGUCAGCCACAAGCAAGAAAAGUGGAGGAUGGUUUUCGAAACGUGAGCGCAGUGACUCCAAGAGUAGUAGUGGGAAGAACACGGGCCAGUUCAGUACGAGAAGUGAUCGAAGUCGUGAUGGGCCAGAAGAUGAUAUUCAUGAUCGAUGGCAAGACACUACUGUGCCACAUAGAGGCUUCAGCGUCUCAGAAGACCUUGCCAUGUCUCUUGGAUAG